GACAGACCAGGAACAAUACAAGACCGAACCACAACUACUUAUUCUACUACUACUACUACUACUACUACUACAGAUACCACUACCAUUACUUCUACUACUGCAAUUACUAAUACUACUACAGUCACUUCUUACUAGAAAAUGCAAGACAGAAGGUUUUCACAUGGAUUUAUGAGUUAAUUACUUUUUCUCACCUGUGUGGAUUUGAGAUACGCAGGGAACAAUUGGACUACUACAAUUAUUAGCGUAAUAAGUUCAGUAUCACACAAUUUUGGAUUUUUUUUUACCCUUGUGUUGAUGGAUAUUUUUUUUCUGGCUUUUUUCUUAUUCAUGUUUCAAGAAGUCAUAGUGGUAAUAAAGGUUUGUACGUAAUUAUUACUACUAUAAAUUGCAGUAAGAUUGUAGUAUUUUCAAUUAAUGGUUUAAUCCUUUGUGAAAAUGUAUUUUUCUAUAAUCUCUUUUAGUUGACAAGCAUGCUUUCUAAUUCCAAUAAAAUAUUAACCAACCUGGGACCAUAAAAACUGUCUGUUGCUAAAUUAGCCAAGACAGUCAAGACUGCAUAAAAGAUACAACGUUUUUUUGUUUUGUUUUUUCCAAACUUCCAAAAGUUUCCCAGAAGUGACAUUGUUGGAGCUCCAGCCUUAGGAGGAGACCAUGGGAGGACUUACAUGUUUUAGUGUUUUGGAUAUCAUUGUGUGGACAGUUUAAAUUGGAGUACUUCUUGGAGGAUGGAGGUGAAAUCUCUGUUCAGUCUCCACCGAGCCCUGGCACAGCCUGUUCAGAUGUGUAUGUUUGAUUUCCACGUGACCAUCCUUGACGACCUGAGCUCCACUCAGGAGAUCGGGGAGGAGUCCGAGGAGGAUGCGGUCUUCACCAUCACACUGCGGAAGGUGCAGUUACACCACUCAGCCAGUAAGGGUCAACGGUGGUUGGGCGUGGACUCGGAGGCGGCCCUGAGCUUGUACGAGACGUGUAAGGUGCGGACGAUCAAAGCGGGGACGCUCGAGAGGCUGGUGGAGUACAUGGUGACAGCGUUUAAGGACAGAGACUCCACCUACGUCACCAUCUUCCUCUGCACGUACCGGUCAUUCGCUACCACCAGACAAGUGCUCGAUCUGCUGCUCAACAGAUAUGCCAAGCUCCAGAAUGUGCCUGUCACAGCUCACAGAGUCUCUCAGGACGAGUGCACCGAGCUCAGAAAUACGGUGUCGUCGAUCCUGGGUGCGUGGCUGGACCAGUACUCAGAGGACUUCUGGAGCCCUCCGCACUAUGAGUCCCUACACCAGUUGUUAGCCUACCUGCACCUGCACUUCCCCGGGUCCGACCUGGAGAGACGCGCUCGCAACCUGCUCGCUCACUUCCUUCGCAGGCAGCAGUGUGAGCCAGACUCCGACGGGGAGCACAUUGGCUGUCCAUUUGCCACGCAGGAGGAGAGUGGAUUUGAAGAUGAACUCCCGGCCUUUAGUUUCCUGUCCUUUGACCCCAUCAUGGUGGCAGAGCAGUUCACACUCAUGGACGCGGACCUGUUUAAGAAGGUGGUGCCGUACCACUGUCUGGGUGGUAUCUGGUCUCAGAGGGACAAAAAGGGCAAAGAGCAUUUAGCGCCGACCAUCCGAGCGACAGUAGCUCAGUUCAACUCCGUCACCAACUGUGUGAUCACCACCUGCCUGAGCAACCCCAGCCUCAAGCACACCCAGAGAGCCCGGCUGCUCGAGAGGUGGAUCGACGUCGCACGGGAGUGUCGGAUUUUGAAAAACUUCUCGUCGUUAAGAGCCAUUUUAUCAGCGCUUCAGUGUAACUCCAUUCACCGACUCAAGAGGACCUGGGACGAAGUUUCACGAGAGAGUUUCCGAAUGUUCCGUGAACUGUCUGAAAUCUUCUCUGACGACAAUAACUACUCCCUCAGCCGAGAGCUGCUGGUGAAGGAGGGCACGUCCAAAUUUGCCACUUUGGAAAUCAACCCAAAACGAGCCCAGAGGAGACACCAGCAGCAGAGAGACCUGGGCGUGAUGCAGGGGACCAUUCCGUAUCUGGGCACUUUUCUGACGGACCUUGUUAUGAUGGACACUGCCAUGAAAGACUACACAGAGAACGGGCUUAUCAACUUCGAAAAGAGACGGAAGGAGUUUGAGGUGAUAGCUCAGAUCAAACUGCUGCAGUUGGCCUCUAAUAACUACAGCUUCACUCAGGACAGCCACUUCAGAGAGUGGUUCAGCGGAGUGGAGAAGCUCACCGAAGCAGAAAGUUAUAACCUGUCAUGUGAAAUCGAGCCUUUGUCUGAAUCGGCCAGUAACACUUUGAGGGCCAAAAAGAACGGAGGCAUCAUGAAGCGUUGGAGCGAUCGUCAGCUGACAGAGGCGGGCUGCAGCAGCGCCUCGUCCCACUCCAAGUCCUUUGACCAGGCGCAGUAUCGGCCGUACCAGAGUGGGGGCGACAGUGGGGAUGCCCUCAGUGUGACCUCAGUCAGCUCCAGUGGGUCUGACCUGGAGGACGUCAACCCCAGCUUCUUAUCCGACUCUCCAGAGGGACACCACGAACGCAAGACGUCCACUCCCUCAGUGAAGCUGUCUGUCUCUGCUCUGAGCAGAGACGCUCCUGUCGCUGACACCACCUCUACGUUCUGGGAGUGCACGUCGCUCUCGUCUCUGGACACGUCAGGGAUGGGCUCUGGCUCUGGCUCCUCUUCGGCUUCCUCUUCUUCUGCCUCCUGCUCCACACCCCUGUCCGCCUCUCGCUCUCACCACAAACGUUCUGUCUCCGCUGUGUCCAACUACUCCACCCUAUCCCUGCCCCUGUACAACCAGCAGGUGGAUGAUUGCUGCAUCAUUCGCGUCAGCCUGGACGUGGAGAACGGCAACAUGUACAAGAGCAUACUGGUGACGAGUCAGGACAAGACUCCAGCUGUGAUCAGAAAAGCCAUGAUCAAACACAACCUGGAGAGAGAGAAGAGCGAGGACUACGAGCUCAUGCAGAAGAUCGCAGAGGACAAGGAGCUGCGUAUUCCAGACAAUGCCAAUGUCUUCUACGCCAUGAACUCCACUGCCAACUAUGAUUUUGUGUUGAAGAAGCGCGGCUCCAUGCGGCCAGUUAGAGCCAAAGCCGUGGCCAGUUCUACCCUGCCCCGAAUGAAACAGAAGGGACUCAAGAUCGCAAAGGGCAUUUUCUGAACACAACAAAAACUAUUCAAAAUGAUAAUAAUAAUAACAAUAUGGCUUUCUGUCCAGAUCACAGCUAAGGAUAAGAUGCUGUGAUGGGAAAUAGUGACAGAAAUAAGAAGGUGAUAUUACAGAAAAGAGGAGUUGGUUUUAAGUAAGCGUUGAUGGAUUUUUGUGAAGUUGGUAACUUUUUUUUUUAACCCAAAUGGCAUCAGUGAGCUAAAAAGAAAGAUGCUGCUGAAAUGAUCAAACUGAAUUCAAGUUUGUGUGUGGUCAAAGAUGGAAAUUUUAUGUGUUAAAAUUUCCAAAUCGUCCCAAUUUACUGAAAAAAAGAAUAUUGCACAUAUACUUUUAAAGCCACAAUCGAACAACUUAAAACCACUUUAAGCUGUAAAAGUUAAAGGUGCACUAUGUAACUUUUCUUGUGGGAGGUCUGUCAUCUGCUUGUUUCCAUGGAGACGUUAUUGCUUACCCUGGUAUGUUCCACAAGAUAUAUCAUAUCUUGCAUUUAUUCAAUUAUAGAUGUUUUAUUGCUCUAAAUACAGGGUAAAACAUGCAUUAUUAUUGUGAGCAGGCUCACCUCUUCACAGAUCUCACCUGUAAUUGUGAUUGUCUCCUACUACUAGUACUACAACUACUACUACUACUACUGUGUAUACCAAUUACAAAUACUGAUUUAAAAUACCUUAAGAAGAAGCCAAAUCUGUAUGCAGGAAAUAGUACGAUACUUCAAAAUGGUAUUUGAUGAAAAAAAAAUCCAAAAACUUAAAAUUUGAGACAAAAUAUUAGAAAAAAUAAUAAUUAAAAACUAAAUUGCUCCAUGGAAAUAGAGAAGUUCAUUGCCAAACUGCAGAACUGCGUAAGAAGUGGCAGACCCUCCACCAAAAAAGUAGUACACCUAUAAUUUUAUUUGUUAGUAUUCAAAUUUUACACUCUUUCCAAGAAUUUCAGUACAUUUUAGCUUUUUUUCAGAAUUCUCAGUGGAUUUUUGGAAGUUUUUUGGACGGGUUUUGCCUUUUUUGAUGCUGUCAGACAAGUGCAGUCUAUCUGAAUGUUUUGGAUGUUUUGAUGAUUUCCUGGACCAUUUUUGUCCUUUUUACUUGAUUCUACAAUGGAUUCUUACGCACUGAACAAGUUGUUGCAUUUCAAGACUCGACGGGAACCAACCAAGUGUCAAUUUCGUACCAAUUUUUUGUUUUGUUUUUUUGUCGAAAACCACUACUAGCCACACUUCAUUUGGACGUUGCCAUGACGAACAAACUUGUAAAUAUAAAAAAAGAAACAAAGGACUGUGACAUUUUGUUAAUAAUUUUUGGUCACGAUUUUGAACAAUGUGUGUUUUUGCUUUGUACAUUUUAUUUGGCAUCAAUGUUGUUGUUUUUUUUGUUUUUAUUUUUAUUUUUAUUUUUUAUUUUGGUUUUCUAACGGUGCUGCUAAUAUGAAUAAUUUUGUUAUUGUGGUUGCUAUAUGAAACGCUAUGUUGGAAAGUGGGUCAUCAUAGCUUUUACCCUCAAAUAGUACUAAUGAAUAACCAAUGAAUUGUUUCCAGAAAAUGUAAAUGAAUUAGGAAAAUACUGUGGUAAGUUGCAUUAAAAAAUAUUUGGCAUUAUAAUUACAGAAAAAUGUUAAAACAAAAUUAAAGUUGUUUAAUCAAUUGCAUUAUUUAAACAAACUUGAUAAAUUUCUUUUUUUUUUUUUUUUAACCUGGCUUCGCCUAACUAGCUUGUAUUUCUUUCUAUUUAAAAAUGUUAACUAUCUUUUCUGUCCUGUUUUGAAUUUUAUUUCUCGAGCGGCUACAGUCUUUGAAGGCACCUUGCUGUUUUAAAGAGAAUUGAUUUUGUUCUGUAGAAUUUAAACAAACUGGUGUCGUGUACAAGUCAGGUUUAAGGGCUUCUUCUUGAGUUGGGAGCAGCUUCGCACUAAAAACAUUCUGGGAUAUGUAGUUAGUCAAAAUAGCUGAAAAUGAGUUACAAUUAAAAGUUGAUUUGUAGAGGUCAUUGCCACAAAUUAUUAUUUAUUCAAGAUUUUUCCAUUUCAAUGCAUUUUUUGUUGCAACUUUCGACUAAACAAAAUAAUAGUUUUGACGAGACACUUGCUUUUCUUCAUGGAGAUGUUGUUAUUUGCUUGGAAUAUUCCACAGUAUGUCAUCCAACAUCUUGCAUAUCUCAGCUAAACCAAUAAAAUCUCCAUGGAGACAAGUAGGUGACUGAUGCUCAACCAAAAGAGCAUACUGUACCUUUAAAAUAAUACAGUAGAUAUGCUUCUUUGCCACUAGAGGGCAGUACUGUAUUGGUUCUGAAUGAUCUAAAAACAACAUAAAAUGAUACUACAACUUUCUUUGUAUACUACUAGUACUAUUUAAACUUUAAAUACUUUGUGUGGCAAUGACAAACCUCUUUUCUUAAAACUAUGUUUGAAAUUUGUUUUACUUUAUUUUGCUUGUUUAUUGCUGGUCAUAGUAACUUCACCACUAUUUUUCAUUUUGGAUGGUGGAUGCAAUAUUGACAUUUUAAAAACAAAGAAACAAAAAAAUACUAAAGAAGUGCAGAGCGUUUCAACACUGUGAGCUUGAAAGUAAAACUCUGCGAUGCACUGUGAACCCAACAAAAAGAACUCAAAAUAUUAGUGCAAAGAAAUUUCACCUGGUAAAUCGUGAGUUAGGUCCAUCGCAUUUUGACAUUUUGUGCCAAAAAAGACGACGCCUUCCAUAGUGAGACAUGUUUACUGUUUUAUGAAAAAAGGAAAUUAUCAUAUUCAAAAUUGGGGUUAAAAAAGUUACAGGAUUUUAAGAAACUGCUGAAGAAAAAAAAAAUUGUUCAAAAUGAUUUCCCAAGUUUUGAAAAUUUUAAAAAGAUUGUUGAAUGUUUCAGGUUUUGAGGAGCAGACAGGCUAAAACCAAAACACAAUUUCAAUCUAUUGCCCCAUUUAGAUCAUUACUACUACUGCUACUAG